GCCGUCCGAGCGCAGGAAUCCGGCCCGACCCGCGCCGCCGAGUUUAUUUUUAACCAGCACCGGCGGGGACUCGGAUGGUGCGCGCACCGCGGGGCCAGACACAUCUUCCCAAGCGCUGCUCUCCAUCUUCCGCCCUCUCGCGCUCGCUCGCUCUCCUCCGACAUCCUCCCCCCCAUGUGGGAGGGGAAACUUUUCUCCUACAUACUUUCGAGUCCCUCUCGGGUCGGGAAGCGCGGAGAUGAAGCCGGUACCCGCUCGCCCGCCGCCGCCAGGUUGUUCCAACUCUGUGCUUCAGAAGUGGUGGCUUUGAGGUGUGACCCUGCCCCCAUUUUGGGCCCAGUCAAUGUCAGCUCCUCAGUAAGGAGGACAGCGUGAUAACAGGAAAAAAACAGAGUCAAGGAGCAAUACCAAGAGAAGAAAAAGGAAGUAAACACCAGAGUCAUUUCCUACUCCAAUGUGGAUGAUAGCUGCAGCUAGGGGAAUUUCAGACUGUCAGCUGGUCUAGAAAAUGGAGUUCUAUGGCAGAGGCUUCUUAGAAGCAUAAAACUUUGUCCCAAUGACGUCCAGUUCACCCAUUGGCUUGGAAGGCUCAGACCUGUCUUCCAUCAACACCAUGAUGUCAGCUGUAAUGAGCGUAGGGAACAUUGCUGAAAAUGGUGGGAGCCCCCAGGGCAUCAAGUCCCCCACGAAGCCUCCAGGACCCAAUCGGAUUGGCAGAAGGAACCAGGAAACGAAAGAGGAGAAGUCUUCCUACAACUGUCCCCUGUGUGAGAAGAUCUGCACAACCCAGCACCAGUUGACGAUGCACAUCCGCCAGCACAACACGGACACCGGAGGAGCUGACCACUCAUGCAGCAUCUGCGGCAAGUCCCUGAGCUCAGCCAGCUCCCUGGAUCGCCACAUGCUGGUGCACUCUGGCGAGAGGCCGUACAAGUGCACUGUGUGUGGCCAGUCUUUUACCACCAAUGGGAACAUGCACAGACACAUGAAGAUCCAUGAGAAGGACCCUAACAGCGGUGCUGCAGCCCCUCCAUCGUCCCCUCUGAAGCGUAGGCGGUUGUCCUCCAAGAGGAAACUGAGUCAUGAUGCUGAGUCAGAAAGAGAAGACCCAGCACCAGCUAAAAAGAUGGUAGAAGACGGGCAGUCAGGUGACGUGGAGAAGAGGACUGAUGAAGUCUUUCACUGCCCAGUCUGUUUCAAGGAGUUUGUUUGCAAAUAUGGACUGGAGACUCACAUAGAGACCCAUUCAGAUAACCCACUAAGAUGUGACAUUUGCUGUGUAACUUUUCGAACACAUCGAGGGCUGCUGCGCCACAAUGCACUUGUCCACAAACAGCUUCCCAGGGAUGCAAUGGGAAGACCUUUCAUCCAGAACAAUCCUUCAAUUCCUGCUGGCUUCCACGAUUUAGGGUUUACUGACUUCUCCUGUAGGAAGUUUCCUCGGAUUUCUCAGGCCUGGUGUGAAACAAACCUGCGACGGUGCACCAGCGAGCAGCACCGCUUCGUGUGUGACACCUGCGACAAGGCAUUCCCCAUGCUUCCCGCGCUCGCCCUGCACAGGCAGACGCACGCCGCCCUGGACCAGGGCCGCGAGAAGCCGCAAGCCAAGAGCCUGGCUGGCGACGCCCUGGACCAGAAGGUCUUCCUGGCCUUGCUGGGCCUGCAGCCCACCAAAGACGCGCCUGCCGAGCCGCCCCCGGCAGACGACGGCCCGGCCGCCCGGCUCCAGCCCCUCAAGCGGCAGCUACCUCAGGACCCCGGCUGCACCGAAGUGCUGAGUCUGUCUCCUUUCGAAGCCGCUUCCCUCGGCGGCUCUCUCGCGGUCAUCCCAGCUGCCAAGGAAGCCACCCUGAAGCACGUGUCCUUACAGCCCUUCCAGAAGGGUUUCAUCAUCCAGCCCGACAGCAGUAUUGUGGUCAAGCCCAUCUCGGGCGAGUCGGCCAUCGAGCUGGCCGACAUCCAGCAGAUUCUGAAGAUGGCCGCCUCGGCGCCCCCGCAGAUCAGUCUUCCGCCUCUCUCCAAGGCUCCCGCCACGCCCCUGCAAGCCAUCUUCAAGCAUAUGCCCCCUCUGAAACCAAAGCCCCUGGUCACACCCCGGACGGUGGUAGCCACCUCCACACCCCCGCCUCUCAUCAACGCCCAGCAGGCCUCGCCGGGCUGCAUGAGCCCCGGCCUCCCGCCACCCCCGAUGAAGGUGCUCAAGGGGCCCGCGGAGGCCGCCGCCGGUGCCCACGCGCUGCAGGCCAAGUCGGGGGCCCAGGCGCACGCCGCCACCCAGCUCUUCCUGCAGCCGCCGGGGGCCGAGCUCCCCGGGCAGCCCGAGAUGAAGACGCAGCUGGAGCAGGACAGCAUCAUCGAGGCCCUGCUGCCCCUGAGCAUGGAGGCCAAGGUCAAGCAGGAGAUCACCGAAGGGGACCUCAAGGCCAUCAUGACGGGCCCUGGCGGCAAGAAGGCCCCCGCCAUGCGCAAGGUGCUCUACCCCUGCCGCUUCUGCAACCAGGUGUUCGCCUUCUCGGGAGUCCUGCGCGCCCACGUGCGCUCCCACCUGGGCAUCUCUCCCUACCAGUGCAACAUCUGUGACUACAUCGCCGCGGACAAGGCCGCGCUCAUCCGCCACCUGCGCACGCACAGCGGGGAGCGGCCCUACAUCUGCAAGAUCUGCCACUACCCGUUCACGGUCAAAGCCAACUGCGAGCGGCACCUGCGCAAGAAGCACCUCAAAGCCACCCGCAAGGACAUCGAGAAGAACAUCGAGUACGUGAGCAGCAGCGCCGCGGAGCUCGUGGACGCCUUCUGCUCGCCGGAAACCGUGUGCCGCCUGUGCGGCGAGGACCUGAAGCACUGCCGCGCGCUGCGCGUCCACAUGCGCUCGCACUGCAGCCGCGGCCCGGGCGGCUGCCACAAGGCACGCAAGCCCUUCGAGUGCAAGGAGUGCAGCGCGGCCUUCGCCGCCAAGCGCAACUGCGUGCACCACAUCCUCAAGCAGCACCUGCACGUGCCGGAGCAGGACAUCGAGAGCUACGUGCUCGCGGCCGACAGCGCCCUGGGCCCCGCCGAGACACCCGCCGGCGCCCCCGGGAGGGGGGAGGAGGGCGGCUGCGUCGCUUUUGGAGACUGCAAGCCCCUCGCCACGUUUCUGGAGCCCCAAAAUGGCUUUCUUCACACAGGCCCCGCCCAGCCCUUGCCUUCACACAUCUCUGUCAAGUUGGAGCCGGCCAGCAGCUUUGCAAUGGAUUUCAACGAGCCUCUUGAUUUUUCACAAAAGGGCCUGGCGCUGGUCCAAGUGAAGCAGGAAAAUGUGUCCUCUUUCCUGAGCCCUUCUUCCCUGAACUCCUCCUACGACUGCUCCAUGGAGCCCAUAGACCUGUCUAUCCCCAAGAACUUAAGGAAAGGAGACAAGGACCCUGUUGUUCUCAGUGAAAACAAGGUCCCGGAGCGGGAAGCCUCGAGUGCGGAGCAGCUCUCUCCCUGCCCACCACCCUGCUCUGCCCUGCCAGUGACUUUGGAGUCCAGAGGGAUGCUGGAAAACUCCACAAGCACUGUGGCAGCCGCCACCAUGGCUGCCAGCCUGGAGCCCCACACUCAGCCCCUCCAGGGCUCUGUUCAGCUGGCUGUCCCCAUCUACUCCUCAGCUCUCAUCAGCAGCCCUCCCCUCCUGGGCAGCUCGGCCCUCAUCAGCAACUCAGCUCUCCUGAGCAGCCCAGCCUUGCUUCGGCCGCUGCGGCCCAAACCCCCCUUGCUCUUGCCAAAGCCCCCUAUGACAGAGGAGCUGCCUCCCCUGGCCUCCAUUGCCCAGAUCAUCUCAUCCGUAUCGUCAGCCCCAACUCUGUUGAAAUCCAAGGGGGCUGACCCAGGGCCACCAAGCACCAGCAGUAGCAGCACGGCCGCAGAUAGCUUAGGGGACCCCAUCCCCAAAGCCACCACCACUACCGCUGAGAGCCCGGGCCCUAACGAAGCCAGUGACCCACCCCCUGCAGCCAGCAGCCCAGAGGAAGCCUUGCCCACGGAACAGGGGCCAGUGGGCUCCUCCAAGAAGAGGGGCCGGAAAAGGGGGGCAAGGAACCGGCCCCUCACCAAUAACAGCGGGGUGGAUCUGGACUCCAGUGGAGAGUUUGCCAGCAUCGAGAAGAUGCUGGCCACCACGGACACCAACAAGUUCAGUCCAUUUCUGCAGACAGCAGAAAGUGAUGCUCAGGGGGAGGUGGCCGGAGCUCCCGCAGAGCACCAUGGGCCCAGUGACGAGGAGCGGAGUACUCCCCCGGAAGACAGGCUGCUGAGGGCAAAGCGGAACUCCUAUGCCAACUGCCUGCAAAAGAUCAACUGCCCCCACUGUCCUCGGGUCUUCCCUUGGGCCAGCUCCCUCCAGAGACACAUGCUUACACACACUGGUCAGAAACCCUUCCCCUGUCAAAAAUGCGAUGCCUUCUUUUCUACCAAAUCUAACUGUGAACGCCACCAGUUGCGCAAACAUGGAGUUACCACCUGCUCCGUGAGAAGAAACGGGCUUAUCCCCCCAAAAGAGGGUGAUGUUGGAUCCCAUGAUAGCACAGACAGCCAGUCAGACACUGAGCCUUUGGCCACCGCGGGGGAGGCACUGGACCUCACCGCUCCGGACCGCGAGCGGCCGCCGCCCGAGGGAGCCGCGGAGCCCAGCCCCGCAGCGGCGGCCGAGGACCCCGCGGGGAAGGAGGCAGCAGCGGGAGCCGAGGAGGCCUGCUCCGCCCAGGCUGAGGAGAGCCCGGCCCCCGAGGAGGGCGAGCGGGCGGAGGCCCCCGAGGAGGACGCGGCCAGCAACCAGAGCCUGGACCUCGACUUCGCCAGCAAGCUGAUGGACUUCAAGCUGGCCGAGGCCGAGGCGGAGGCGGGCAGCCGAGGCGCGGCGCAGCACGACCAGAAGCACACGUGCGACACCUGCGGGAAGGGCUUCAAGCUCCUGGGCACCCUGACCCGGCACAGGAAGGCGCACGGCUGCCGGGAGCCCAGGGAGGAGCCCGAGGCGCCCCAGCCUGAGCCCGAGGAGCCCGAGGAGCCGCCCGCCGGGUCCCCCGCCCCGGCCACGACCACCACCGGGGAGGCGGCGGAGGAGAAGCAGGCCGAGGAGACCGAGGGCCCCUCGGACGGGGAGGGCCCCGAGAAGAGGGCCUCCGAGAGGAGUGAGGACGACAGGAAGCCAAAGACGGACUCGCCCCGAAGCGCGGCCAGCAAGGCGGACAAGAGGAAGAAAGUGUGCAGCGUGUGCAGCAAGCGCUUCUGGUCCCUGCAGGACCUCACCCGGCACAUGCGCUCGCACACAGGAGAAAGGCCAUACAAGUGUCAAACCUGCGAGCGAACCUUCACCUUGAAGCACAGCCUAGUUCGACACCAGAGGAUCCACCAGAAAACCAGGCACAGCAAGCAUCACGGGAAGGACAGUGACAAGGAGGAGCGGGCCGAGGAGGACAGCGAGGACGAGUCCACCAACAGCGGCAAUAACCCCGUCUCGGAGAACGAGGCUGAGUCCGCGCCUAGCACCAGCAACCACGUGGCCAUGACCAGGAGCCGGAAGGAGAGCUUGGCCCCUGCGGGGAAGGACUGCGGCUGCCCCGCGGAGAAGGGCGCCGUGGGGCGGGCGCCCGAGCCCAGCCGGGGAGCGCCCGCGGGGCAGGCGUCUCCGGCCGAACCUGACCCCGGGAGCCCAGCCACCCUUGUGCAAGACCUCCUGGAGCUGUGCAGCAAGAGGUCUUCCCACCCCAUCCUGGCCGCCGAGAGCACCUCGCAGCUCCUGGGCAUGGAGUGACACAGCCUGCCUGGUCCCCACCAGCACAUGGACAAAGCCAGCCGAGCAGAGCAUCCCGAAUCCCGACUGCAUGACGUCUCCUCAGUGUCCGCAGCUGGUAGGACGUGAGCGAGACAUGCAUGCAGCUCGUGCCACAGCCUCACCAAGUGCCCGCGCACAGGCCGCAGCACGGCCGAUUCCAGUGCCUUAACUACUACGGAUCCUCCUCCCGUGUCACGCGGGGGUGCUCAUCUCCCGACAUGUUUUAAUGAAUUCUUUGGGGAGGACCUCUUCAUUUGAGCAUUAACAUUACCUUUUGUAUUGGUGUGUGUGAGCUUGUUUUUGUGAAUCUGUGAUAGAACUGUUUGUUCUGUGAGCUGAAAACAGAAGAAAAAAAAACAUGCCCUUGGAUACCCAUAGCCAAUAACUGGAAGAAAAUGUUGUGAAUUUCAUGUACAUGAGCAGAGGAAAGAUGGAUGUGAGGCUGAUUUCUAAACCAGACCUUCUUUUUUGUUUGUUUGUUUUUUAAUCUCUGAUCCAGUCCUUGGUAUUAGAGGAUGUGGUUGAUGAAGGUUUCCCAUAUGGUUCAAGCCAAAAAGAAAGAACCUAGACUAGCUUCAACCUCAUACAUGUUUCACAUUAGAAGUGGUUACUGUUCGAGUUUCAAGACAUUCAUUGUUAAUUCACAGAGAAGAGUUACCUCCCCAGCAACUUAACCUAUGGAAGACACGCCUGGGUGUCGUAUAUUUGGUUUCUCCUCCCUAGUCGGCAUAUGUUGUUAUUAAUAUUAUUAUAUUAUUUUUAUUAAUAAUUUUUAGUUCAUCAGUUUGCUGGGCUCUGCAUUCAGCAGAAACAAGUGGGCAAUAUUUGUCCUGGGGGACCUGCGCUGUCCCUGGUCCCCGCAUACCAUGUGCCUGCAGCCUCUGUCGGCACGCUCCGGUGACAGCUCUUCUACUGUACUCAGACAAGCCUUUCUUCCAUGACUGUAGAGUCCGGCAGGGGCCAGGGCGGACCUCCAAACAUGGCCAAGGAGCAGCUUAGAGGGGAAGGAAAGGAUGUGUGUGUGGCAGGGAGCCGACAUACGAGACACCAGGCUGUGCCUGGGAUACCGCAGAGGUGGCUUUCGAGGAAGCAGGGCCGUGACGGGCACGUGACUGAUGAACGAGGUUUUCUCAGUCUAACUGCUAAGCACAGUCCAAGCUUUUCCAGCCGAGCUACUGUCUGAAGCAAGGAAAUACUACUGGUAGUAAGACUCCCCGGCGAGGGUCAGGUGAGAGUCCUCGCUUGACCUUCCUGUGAUGCAGGGUGGGUGCUUGGGGAGAGAUGUGCUCUUGCUGGCUCUUCAGCUGGCCUGAGCCUGUGGUGCAAAAAGGCAGGGCUCCUUUGACCCCUGGACGUCCCACGCAGGCCGUAGACUCCCUCACUAUCGCUGGCAGCAGUGAAAAUGAACCAAGCCUACUGUAGCUGACCUAUGGUCAGCGCCCUGUCCUUCAGCCGAAGCCCUGAGGAUGCCUGAGCCACACUCUUCCCGGGGCCCCUUUGCUUGUUGCACCCCUCCAGAGCCUCUCGCCUUGCGGGGGUGGAGGGCAGGAGCAUGCACUCCUCGGCCCAGUUCCCUCGCUUGGGGCUCUGUCCCUCCCGUUUAGACUUAGGUCUACACACCCCUCCUUUCUCCACUUCACCAGGUUCCAGUGGCUACAACCCAACCACCCUGACUUCAAAGGAAGAUAGAUAUUUUAGAGAUAAUGAAAGGUGAGAUAUUUGCAUAUGAAAGGAAAAAGGUUGAGGUAUAUAUGAUUUUUAACUGUAUUAAGGAUGUAUGAACCCAUUUAAAAAUGAGAUUUUAUUUACUAUAGAGAUGAAUGCAAAUCAGAACCAAUGAUCCCAUGGUCUAAGUUAAAACCAGUUCUUGCAUCCCUUAGGUUUUUUUUUUAUUAUUAUUACAAAUGUUAUUGUUAUUUUCAUUGUUAUUAUUUGGGGUUUCUUGUAUUUUGUUUUUCUUUGCAACUCUCCACACUAAACUCGUGAUCUUGUGGGGAGAAGCCAUGACUGAACUCUAUGCCGCGAGCCACGUAGCAGCGGCCGUAGCCGGGCUGCAGCUCGCAAUAAUCACUAUUGACUUAAAGCUUUAUUUAGCCUGAUCUGUACCUUGUAGUCAAUAAGGUCUUGCCACGUUUUCAUUAGUGAGGUUGAGAAAUGUAUUACCUGUUCGUUCUUCCCGCCUCCCCCAAUAUUAAACUGUGAAAUUUG